UCUUCUCCAUAUAUACUUCUUCUUCAGACCCCAAACCUCCAACACACACAAAAACACAAUCUCUCUGUGCAAUUUUCUCCAAAGUUUCAAUUUUUCAAUUUCAGUUUUCUCUUAAAGCAUUUCACAUUUUCCUUUAUUACAAAUUCACGUUUAGUGAAAUAAAACCACAUCAAGACAUUUAAACUUUUUUUCAAUCUGAAACCACAUAUGGAUCCUUCAUAUAGAUUCAUAAAAGAGGAGUUUCCUACUGGAUUCAUUGUUUCUCCAUCACCACCAUCUUCUUCAACUUAUUCUUACCUCUAUUCAACCUCCAUGGCCCCAAAUGAUCCAACAACAUCAAGCUCUCCACAGCCAAUAGAAGGUCUCCACGAAUCAGGCCCACCUCCAUUUCUGACAAAGACAUAUGACUUGGUCGAAGAUUCAAGAACCAAUCAUGUUGUGUCUUGGAGCCAAGCCAAAAACAGCUUCAUUGUCUGGGAUCCACAAGCUUUUUCCACCAGUCUCCUCCCCAGAUUCUUCAAGCACAAUAACUUCUCUAGCUUUGCUCGCCAGCUCAACACAUAUGGUUUCAGAAAAGUGAAUCCGGAUCGGUGGGAGUUUGCAAAUGAAGGGUUUCUUAGAGGGCAAAAGCAUCUCCUCAAGACAAUAAGGAGAAGAAAGACAAGUAACAAUAAUCAAAUACAACCACCUCAAUCAUCCUCACAAGAACAUUCUCUAGACAACUGUUGCAUAGAAGUUGGUAGGUAUGAUCUAGAUGGAGAGAUGGACAGCCUAAAACAAGACAAACAAGUGCUGGUGAUGGAGCUAGUGAAACUGAGACAUCAACAAGAAAGCACCAAAGUGUAUCUCAAAUUGAUUGAAGAGAAACUCAAGAAAACUGAAUCAAAACAACAGCAAAUGAUGAGCUUCCUCGCCCGCGCAAUGCAGAAUCCUGAUUUCCUUCAACAACUCAUGGAGCAGAAAGAGAAAAGAAAGGAGAUGGAAGAAGCAAUCAGCAAGAAGAGACAAAGACCGAUCGAUCAAGGGACAAGAAAUGUGGUUACUGUGGAAGAUUAUGAUGAUGAUGAUAGUGGUGCUAGAGGUGGUUAUGGAAGGUAUGGAAAUGAUGCUGGAUCCACCUCAGCGUACAUGAAACAAGAAAUGUAUGGAGACUUGUCUGGAUUCGAGAUGCCCGAGUUGGACAGUCUUGCUAUGCAUAUUCAAGGACUUGGCGAUCAGUUCACUAGAAAAGAAGUCUUGGAUGUUGAGAAAAGAGAUGAAGAAGGAGAACAAGAAGGGUACCAAAAGGUGAACAAUGAGAUUUAUGGUGAGGGUUUUUGGGAAGAUAUGUUAAAUGAAGGUCAAAAUUUUGAUUUUGAAGGAGAUGAAGAAAAUGUUGAUGUGCUCAUUGAACAACUUGGUUAUUUGGGUUCUAGUUCAAACUAAUUGAGAUCAACUUGGAAAGAGUACUUAAUCAUUUGAAUCAUCGGGUUUCCUUCUGAAAAGCUUUAUUCAAUUAGGUGAGUCAUAGACUAACUU